AUGCCAAUAUCUCAAACGAUAAUCGACGCCGCCGGUCAGUAUGUUCUUACACGUGCAGAUUUGAGUCCCGGCAACGGGUUUUCGGACACCCCAGCUAUACGUGCUCCCCUCAAUCCCGACCCAGUCGUGCUUGUGGCUCUGAUCAACCGCUGGAGACAAGAACGGCGCAAGGAACUCAAGCGCGCCAAGGCGCACUUCGUCGAUCGUCUGGGUCCCAACGGAUGGCAGAUGGCGCCCAUGGAGGGCUCAUACAACUGCCCACUCCAAGCGGCAAUCAAUGCCGGACUGAAGCAGAACGUGGACAUUCUGUUGCAGGCUGGUGCCAACCCCUCAGGAUUUCCCGACCAUGUUUUCUCGGAGCACGCCACGCGCUUCAUCCGCUUCCGUCUGCCUAAAUGGUACAAUUAUAACAUUUGCGAUACCUGGGAGAAGCUUCUGUCUCAACUGCCACCGGAAACGCCCGCACAGCUGAGUGCCCUCACAAUACAGGAGAUAGAUGCGAGAAAACAGGAAGGAUGUAUCUCGCCAUUUUGGACCGAACAGAAUUUGCCGUACGCAACAAUGCGGUGGGAGUGGAUUAUUUGGGAACUGGUUACACCACUGGAAUCGGCCGUGCGCAUUGGAGACGAAGAGACUGUGGACAAACUUUUGAAUCAUCCUCACUGCGACAUCGACGGAUGGUUGACGUCGCGCACCGGGAAACUGGAUCCAACCAAGGAAAAUACGGCCUCGUAUCUGAGUACUUCGACGCCACUACACUCAGCAGUUUCCUACCGCCAAACACGACUACUUGGACGUCUGUUGGGAGCGCAGUUUGAUCCCAACGUCCUGCCAGCGGCGACGCCUUGUUCGGCAUUGACCCCUCUGAUGCUGAGCAUCGUGAUGGAGCCGCCCAACCUUGAGGCGUUUGACAUACUGGUGGCGCACCGCUUAACUGACCUCCAGCUGCGCACGCCCGUCUUCAACGUGCACCUCCUGCACUUUGCAGCAGCCAAGCUAGAUGUCUCUCUGCUGCGACACAUCUUGGAGCAUACACCAGGGUCACCAAAGAUGUUGGUUGGAUUACUACAGACGGUACAAUGGCAGACCCCGCUACACGUCGCCUGCCUUCCACUCAAUGAUUCCCAAAUCAACUGCUGUUCCACCGCCAUCUGGCAGUCGAUCCAUGACGUCCGAACAACCGACCAUUUCUGGCGGCCCGCCGCCCGGACGCGCCUGCGCGCUAUGGACAAUAUCGAUUUCCCAGACCCAGACCCGCCAAAGUAUUUCGAUGAGCAGAUUGCAGUGGUGGAGCUUUUACUGGACGUAUCCAGCAACAAUUCGCACCAGCAGCAGCAAGAACUAGAAAGAAAAGCGCAUGAGAUAGCCGCCCAGGACGUUCACGGGAACACGCUGCUUCACUAUCUCGCUGGUCAGCGCGCGGUGAAUGAGAAGCUAAUCAACAGUCUCCGAAAAUUGCCGAGCGUUGAGAUAACGUGGAAAACCUGUCAGAACUAUUGGGGCUUCACACCCGAGUUUCUCUGGGAGGAUGGUAAGAGGGCGCUCGCAGAGAAGGAACGCGAGUAUAUGAGCAUGGAGGCCUCUGAGUUUUGA